UUCACACUCCGCCCUGCUGUGCGACAGAGCCCUCAUGGAGAGACGGAGGCCGCCUCCUUCUCCUGGACCUAUGAGGAGGUGAAGGAGGUGCACAAGCGCUGGUGGCAGCUGAGGGACAAUGCUGUGGAGAUCUUUCUGACCAACGGGAGAACCCUGCUCCUGGCCUUCGACACCACCAAGUUCCGUGACGACGUCUACCACAACAUCCUGACCUCGGACCUGCCCAACCUGCUGGAGUACGGUAACAUCACGGCACUGACGCACCUGUGGGGCUCGGGUCAGAUCUCCAACUUCGAGUACCUGACGCACCUCAACAAGCACGCCGGGCGCUCCUUCAACGACCUCAUGCAGUACCCCGUCUUCCCCUUCAUCCUGAGCGACUACACCAGCGAGACCCUGGAUCUGCACGACACCGCCAUCUACAGGAACCUGAGCAAACCCAUCGCAGUGCAGUCUAAGGAGAAGGAGGACCGAUAUGUGGACAACUACAAGUACCUGGAGGAGGAGUUUCGGAAGGGGGUUCGGGAGGACGACCCCAUGCCCCCCGUGCAGCCCUACCACUAUGGCUCCCACUACUCCAACAGCGGCACCGUCCUGCACUUCCUGGUCCGGAUGCCCCCCUUCACCAAGAUGUUCCUGGCCUAUCAGGAUCAGAGUUUUGAUAUCCCGGACCGGACGUUCCACUCCAUGAACACCACAUGGCGCCUCUCCUCCUUUGAGUCCAUGACGGACGUCAAGGAGCUGAUCCCAGAGUUCUUCUACCUGCCCGAGUUCCUGGUCAACAGAGAAGGCUUCGACUUUGGCGUGCGGCAGAACAGCGAGCGGGUGAACCACGUGAACCUGCCGCCCUGGGCCCGGAACGACCCGCGGCUCUUCAUCCUGAUCCACCGGCAGGCGCUGGAGUCGGACCAGGUGUCCCAGACGCUGUGCCAGUGGAUCGACCUGGUCUUCGGCCUCAAGCAGAAGGGCAAGGCCGCCGUGCAGGCCAUCAACGUCUUCCACCCGGCGACGUACUUUGGCGUGGACGUGUCGGCGGUGGAGGACCCCGUGCAGCGGCGGGCCCUGGAGACCAUGAUUAAGACGUACGGGCAGACCCCCCGCCAGCUCUUCAGCGCGUCCCACCUCAGCCGGCCCGGCCCCCGCCUGCUCAUGGAGGGGGAGCUGCCCGCCGCCAUGGGCCUCCUGGUGCAGCUGGCCUUCCGCGAGACCAGGGAGCACGCCAAGGAGGUGGUGUACCCGAGCCCCCUGCCUUGGAUAAAAGGUCUGAAGUGGGGGGAGUACGUGGGGUCCCCCAGCGCCCCGGACCCCGUGGUGUGCUUCAGCCAGCCCCACGGAGAGCGAUUCGGCUCCCUGCUCGCCCUCCCCACCAGGGCCGUCUGCGGCCUGUCCCGCAACUUCUGCCUCAUGAUGAUCUACAGCAAGGAGCAAGGCGUGCGGAGCAUGCACAGCACAGACAUCCAGUGGUCGGCCAUCUUGAGCUGGGGCUACGCCGACAACAUGCUGCGGCUGAAGAGCAAGCAGAGCGAGCCGCCAAUCAACUUCAUCCAGUGCUCCCAGCUGCACCAGGUGACCAGUUGCGCCUGGGUACCGGACAGCUGCCAGCUGUUCACAGGCAGCCGGUGCGGAGUCAUCACAGCCUACUGCAGCCGCUUCACCAACAGUACACCCUUGGAGAUGGAGGUGGAGUCUCAGAUGCACCUGUACGGCCACACGGCGGAGGUGACGGGCCUGUUCGUCUGCAAGCCCUACAGCAUCCUCAUCAGCGUCAGCAGGGACGGCACCUGCAUCCUCUGGGACCUCAACAGGUUGUGUUAUGUGCAGAGUCUGACGGGGCACAAGAGUCCUGUCACGGCCGUGUCCGCCAGCGAAACCACGGGGGACAUCGCCACGGUGUGCGACUCCGUGGGCGGGGGCAGUGACCUACGGCUGUGGACGGUAAACGGAGACCUGAUUGGUCACGUCCACUGCAGGGAGAUCAUCUGUUCGGUGGCCUUCUCCAAUCAGACGGAGGGGGUGUCGGUCAACGUCAUCGCUGGGGGUCUGGAGAACGGCGUGGUCAGACUGUGGAGCACGUGGGACCUGAAGCCCGUGAGGGAGGUCACCUUCCCGAAAUCCAACAGGCCCAUCGUCAGCCUGACGUACUCGUGUGACGGGCACCACCUGUACACGGCCAACAGCGACGGCACGGUGAUCGCCUGGUGCCGGCGGGACCAGCAGCGCAUGAAGCUGCCCAUGUUCUACUCCUUCCUCAGCAGCUACGCGGCCGGGUGACCCCGCCCCGCCACGCCCCGCCACGCCCAGUCACGCCCCCAAAAAACAGGCCUUCCCGAGAAGCUUCGACCAGCCCCAGCAGCAGCAUGAACCCAAACGCCCAGGGUCGCCCCGCCCUGCCCCGCCCCGCCCCCUGCACCGCCCAUUCCUGGGCCUUAAGCAGUCCAAGAGCCUACCAUAUGCACAUUAUGAGAUGAGAUGGGAGAUACGUUUUUUUGUUUUUUGUUUCAUAUUUGAUUUUGUGUGUGAGUGUGUGAAUGCGAUUGAGGAAGGGGGAGGUAGCUUGGUGUUUGAAGGGGCCGUCAGAACUGGUCUGGUUUUAAUUUUUCACACCGUUACGGGCACCUUCUCCAACCUGAUCCCCGAGUCGUUAUCCUUUUUUUUUUUUUGUUAUGCAUUUUUGUUUGUGUCUUUCUUUCUUUUUCCAUCAAAAUCCUAGUUUUUCUUGGUCCCUGGGACUUUCUGUCUGACCUUACGCUGCUAUGAACUGAAACACAAGCCCCACGCCUCGAAGUUUGAAAUGGGGAGGGGCUCCGGCACAGGGGCGGGGUUUUGUUUAGGCCGCAGACCCUCCUGGGCGUGCUGACCGCUCCCCCUGACGUGGGGCUCCUUCGAGCUGUGCGGCCGAGGGUCUUGUCGCUUGCCAAAAUCGGGACGUCGUCGAUCGGGCCCGUUAUCACGUCACGUGACCUGGAACGUUUGCGUCUGGUUGCCCUGGAGACCAGACGAGCAGAAUGGCGCCGGGCGGGACUUGGCGGCGUGAGCGCGCGGCGUGGAAGUUGCGGCUGCUCGCUCGCUCGCUCGCGCGGCGUCGCCUGCCUCUCCUCUCUCUCCAUUUCGCUCCGCUCCGCCGUCCGCCAUGGCGCUGUUCAUUAUUGAUGAUGUCUGCCCCCCUCCCCCGCCGGCUCCCUGUUAUCUCUCCCUGUCCUUUCAUACGGUGCCCGGCGUGGGGUCCCUGCAUGGUGGCACAGUUCUGGAGAGGGGUGGUGGGGCAGGGGGGGGGCACGCGGGUGUAAAAACAUUGAGGAGGAGAAGCGAGGUAUGAAGCAGUGGGAGAAAUAAGGCCUGCCGUCUGUUGGACUCCGAAACAGCGUUUGCCUUCAUCAUUCCCUUUCACAACUUCAGCUGGAUGUGUUUUCCAGCCUCGGCCAAUUAAAGCUGUGGUGUUUCUUGUGUGAAGCCCCUCCCCCUGUCUGUAUUUUAAAUGCAGAGAAGAGAAGCUGGAGAAUUUGCACUGUUGGAGGUCUACACACCGCCCCCUGCUGGUGUGGGUGGUGAUGGGUGUUUUUGUUGUAGAUCUGAGGGGCUCCUGUAUCGCACAGACACACCACAGUGAUCAGCUGGGGAUUACUCCUGUAAUCCUGGCUGGAGGGCUGAGAACUCUUUCUUGCUCUUUCUUUUUUCUCUCUCUCUGUCUCUGUCUCCCUGUUGAUUGAUUGACAGCACUGCAGUGAUUUAUCUUUAUUUUUUCAUUAUUUUUUUAUGAUUAUUAUUUGCCCUUUGUGUGAGCUGCUACCUUCAUGUCCGUUUGUGUUUAAUAACCUGUCACACCGCUGUGUUCCGUAAGAAUACUUGCACAUUUGCUCUUGCUCUGCAAAAUGGCAACAAAAAGAACAUUAGAGGUAAAUAUAAAUUAAGAAAGCGGGGAAACGCAGAUGCCGAAAUCCUUCCCCCCCCCGUUCCCUCAUUGCAGCAGGGCGAUCUGAUUGCUCGACGAAGAAAAGACAGCGGGACGUGGUAGACUGGCAGUUCGUCUUGUUUUUCUCCCACUUGCUAUUCUAGUCCUCCGGAGUUCUAUUUUCUGCGAGGGUGUGGACCCAAACAGGCAACUGCUUUCCUCUCCAUUGGAUGGUUGAUUAAUUAAGCGUUCAGUCAGAUCGUUGCCCACGUGAGGUGACGGCAGUAUUUCAGCUGGAAGAACAGUCCAGUCGCAGAUCUAGCGGAGGGGUCCUGAGACAGCCACCGCGUUAAAAGCUGUGUUGACGAUCGAAUGUCCCUCGUCGUUACGGGCAACCUUGUGAUCACCUGAAGCUAGCUGGGAGGACCCGGUCCACAAAUGUGGCAUUGGGGCACGAACUGCCAUUUAAAUGAAAAAGAAAAAAAAAAUCCCAAAUCAAGGUUUAUGCUCCUUUAAUUUUCAACAGAGCGACUUGUUUGGCUUAUCAGGACUGGAGUGCAGUUUGUGGGGAAAACGUCUUGCCGCCUUGGGUCGAAGAGUGUGGUGGUAAAGAAACUGGGUUUGCCCAUGCGCUGUCCAUACAGAUAACAGCCGAGUGGAAUAUGGCAGCGAUCAUUACCGCUUCGCUUUAUUUUCUCCCCUGUCACAUGGGCGGGGGCAGCUGGCCAACCUUCACAAGUCAAAUUAAAUGUGUCUUAUGUUGUAAUUUUCUGUGAAAGGGAAACAUUGAUUUUUGUUUUAUUGUUUUUUUGUGUGUGUUAUGUUGUGCCUGUUACAGUUUUUUGUUUCUGUUAAUUUUUUUUUCACUUAUUGAAUGCAUACACACACACACUCACACUCACGCACGCAAACACUAUCCAGUUAAUAUAUGUUACUUAAAAUUGGCACCUUUUGACAGUGUAUGCAUAUACUGUAUAUUGCGUUUUACUGAGAGAAUCUGUGAUGUUUACAUGAUGUUUGGGCCUUCUCUGCCAAUUUGUCACGUGGUCUAAGGGGACCAUUUCCAUCCUUUUGAGUACAUGUACAUAGUUACUUUUUUCUUCCUGAGAUGAAUCACUUUUCUAUCACCUGUGUCUAUGGUUUCCUAUGGUGGUCUUGCACGGGCGGUGUGAAGUGUUAUAAUGUUGCGUAAAAGUCGCACAACAGGGAGGUGUAUGGGCAUGAACUGUGUUGCAAAUUGUACGAUGUGUUUAUUUUAUGUUGAAUUCAGUUCGGUGUUAUUUAAAAAUCCGUAUAUUUUAAGUUAAUUUUGAAGACAGUCCAAGAUUUCAUUAUAAAUGAAUGUUUUUUUCGUUUUGUUUCGUUUUGUUUUGUUUACCCCUCUUAAGAGGAAAGGGGGUUUGGAUCGGGAUGGGGGGGCAUAUUUUUUGUACUUACGUAUGUACAAAACAAGUGAUGAGUAUAUAAAUAUAUAAAUACAAAUAUUUAUGAAACAAUGAAA